AAUUUCUCCCUAACACUCCAUUGCAACUUUUCCAUCUCCUCAGUCAGUGCUCUCUGCCGAGAAUAAGCUAUGAAAUUCAUCCAAAUAUUAUCCAUUUUCGCCCUCUCCUUUCUGCGGCUCAGUCUUCCCUUAGCAUCUCUCUUGAUUCUUCUCUAAUCUCACCCAAAAACCUUCUACUCUCAUUUAAACAAAAUCUCAGAUCUUUAAUUUCUUGCUCAGCCUUUAAUCUCUGAGGAUGGAGUCCCCAAAGCACGCGGUCGCGUUCUAUGCGGAAGCAGCGGCCAUAAACGUCGGUUUCUAUAGCAAAGCCGAUGAUGUUUCGGCCGGAGCUCAAGAGUGGACAAUCAGCGGUGAGAGAUUGUUUGCUGGAAUGGAUUCGGUCAGAGGUUUCUCUCUAUUUUUAUUUCUCAGUUCAGAGUUUCGUGCUCAGAUAUGUUGUUGUUGUGGGAGUCUACGCUCAUAUCUGCUGCUGUUGUGGGAGUACGCUCAGAUCUACUCCUUUUAUUCUAUCUACAACGGAACUAGCGACGGAGGGAUAGAGGAGGUGGCGGCGGAGUUGGAAAUCGGCCGGUUUGUGCCCAUAUUUCUUCAUCACUCCACCCUGCCACUCACAAUCGACGAAAUUGUAAGUGCUCACCAAAGUUCAUUUGAAGAUGACAAGUACAGUGAAAUCAAGUAUCUCUUUCCUUGUAAUUCAUGGAAGAUGAUUACGGAAAAUGAUGUGACGGUCAUGAUUUCCCUCCUUAAGUCCUCGAAACAUGAACAUUUUAAAAAAUUGAUCAGUCCCUUAAUUAAGCCAUUGCUGCGUUUCCUUUAUCUCCCUUGUUCAUCAAGUGAUUUUAUGCGAAAUCUAGGAUCUGCGUGGUUAUUGAUUGGUGGCUUAUGCUACCAUCUUUUGAUUAGCUACACAUAUUUGGAUCCCACUGUAAAAUACUCUGUAAAGCACUCACAGCUGACAGAAAAAAUUGCUUGUCUCCAGCUUGAGAAUGAGGUAAGAAGAGAGUGUACUUAUUUAUCAGGGUCCUUUCAGUUAAGAGAAGAUGACAGACAUACCAAGGUGUUAGAAGAACUCAAUACCAAGCUGAAGAAACUUCAAAAACAUGACAGAAAAACAUUCACUAUUGUGCUUGAAUGCCAAGAGGAGUAAGUAGCUAGUGAAAAGGGGGAAGCUUCAAGCUUAAGUUCAAAAUGGAGAAGGAAACCUCCAUGACAAGUCUCUUGUUACAAAGGACAACACAAGUAAGUUGUGUUAUUCAGUUUUUGCUUUCUUAUCAAUCUAUCUUCUGGCUUUGCACCUUUACUGCCUCAUUUGUAUAGAAACUUAUUUUAUCACCUAGGAGGCACAACAUCUUUAGCUGGCAUCUUUGUGAUUUGUAUGGAAUCAAAAUUGCCAAGUCUUGCGUUAGCCACAGUUCCUAUUAUAGUCAGAUUGUCAUCUAAACAAGCCAGCUCAUCAACUACUCAUAUGGAUAUUAUCACCCGGAUAUCAAUUCUUGUUAACUGUUCUCCUUGUGCUCCAGGAGUUGUGUAUGGAUAUUAUCACCCGGAUAUCAAUACAUGUAGUUCCAACAAGUUGAUUAUGACAAAGCGGUUAUUGAUCUGGUGCGUUCAGAAUGGGCCGAUAUUCUAUCA